AUGGAAAACAACAUCCUUUGGAACUUCAAUGUCCAAAGUGUAAGAAGUCCUUUAAAAAACAGGCUGCUCUGCGGAGGCACAAAGAGACCCAUGUGGACAAAAAAAAUCACUUUGGCCUGUCCCAGAGAAGACUGUAAAAAGACAUUUACUACAGUCUUCAACCUGACUCAUCAUGUACGAAAGGAUCAUCUAUGCUUGCAGCCUUACCAUUGUUACCAUGCUGACUGCAAUAAAACCUUUGCCAUGAGGGAAAGUCUGCUUAGACAUCUUGUGGCUCAUGAUCCUAACAAGGAGAAAAUGAAGCUCAAAUCCAACAUUAAACCAUCAAAGAAACGUUUAAGAGGAGCCGUCUGCCAACUGCCAGUAGUGGAGCAAGAUCUGAGUCGUCUGUUUAAUCAGAAACUUUGCUUCCGAAGUAAAACUCUCCUGGAGAGUAACCUUUCUAUCCUCUUCAAUGAACGUCUGCUACGAGAUCCUGUGGAGCCAGAAUUUAAUCUCAGCAACCUUUUCCAGCUUGUAUCUGCCCAUGCUGAGAAAGCAGCCUAA